AUGGACACUAAGCCCAACAGUAAAGUGAGCGAUGGCAUCGAUGCGCCUUUGUGGAUGUUUUGGAAGCGUCGCCGCUACAUCGUCGUGUGUAUGGCGUUUUUCGGUUUCUUCAACGUCUACUCUCUGCGAGUGAACCUGAGCGUGGCCAUUGUUGCGAUGACGGAAAAUCGAACCGUCCACUACGAUAACGGAACCGUCGGCUAUGAGCAAUACUUCGACUGGAGUUCGAGCCUGCAAGGAUACGUGCUGAGUUCGUUCUUCUACGGGUACAUCCUGACGCCCUUCCUGGGCGGGUUCAUCUCCAACCGGUUCGGUGGCAAUUAUGUGUUUGGAGUUGGUAUUGGAACGACCGCCGUGUUGACGUUGUUGACACCGUUGGCGGCUAAGGCGGGUGUGGCCGUACUGCUUGCGGUCCGCAUCGUGGAAGGCAUCUUUGAGGGCGUUACUUUUCCGUGCAUCCACGCUGUUUGGUCUCGGUGGGCUCCUCCAUCCGAGCGGUCCCGUAUGGCAUCGAUUGCAUUCGCUGGGAAUUACGCCGGCACGGUCGUGGCCAUGCCGAUGAGUGGUGUCCUGGCAAACGCUUGGGGUUGGGAAAGCGUUUUCUACGUGUUUGGCGUUAUCGGUUGUGUGUGGUUCGUGGCUUGGAUGUUCUUCGUUAAGACGUCUCCUGAGGUGGACAAAUGGAUCAGCCAGCGAGAGAAGGACUUCAUCUUGGAGUCACUGGGACGCACCGAAGGUGAACAUGACCAUGUUAAGCAUCCGUGGAAGGGCAUUCUGACGUCGGUAGCCGUUUGGGCGUUGAUUGUGUCACACUUCUCUGAGAACUGGGGCUUUUACACACUGCUCACUCAGCUGCCAACGUUCUUGAAGGACGCGAUGCACUUUGAACUGGAGAAAACGGGCUUUGUGUCCGCUGUACCGUACCUCGUGAUGGGCAUUCUGUUGUUCGUAUCCGGCUACCUGGCCGAUUGGUCUCAGUUGAAAGGAUAUCUAACCACUACUCAGGUGCGGCGGUACUUCAACUGUGGCGCUUUCCUGGCGCAGACCGUGUUCAUGAUAGUGGGAGCGCUCAUCCUGGAACCGGGUCCAACGAUCACCUGCAUCACGAUUGCCGUCGGUUUGGGAGCGUUUGCGUGGUCUGGUUUCGCUGUCAAUCAUCUUGACCUUUCGCCCAAGAGUGCCGGUGUGCUGAUGGGUAUCUCGAACACCUUUGCCACGAUACCAGGUAUCGUGAGCCCCAUCAUAACGGGCUAUAUCACUUCGAACAAAAGCAACGAAGAGUGGAAGACGGUGUUCUAUAUCGCGGCCGGGAUCUACCUGAUCGGUUGCGUGAUCUACUGGUUCGGGGCAUCUGGUGAGCUGCAACCAUGGUCGAUCGAGGCUCAGGAGCGACGGGAACAGGAGAAAAAGUCCACGAAACCGAUCGAAAGCCUUGGCUACGCGAACAAAGUCAGCAUGGAGGAUGAAAUGUGAGGCUGUGAGAUAUCGAACAAGACGAACCGCGUAGAGAGUAUUAUUGGUGUAAGCUUGGAUGUAAAAUGUUUAGAUUAUGACCGGCGCUUGGCUCGUGCUUCCACAGAUCGUGUGGAAGAAGGUAUGUAGGGAGCUUUAUACGUAUAGAAUGGACUGCUCGCUUGCUUCAGCGUCCCGGUGACCGUCGGAACUGGUUUCCGCGCCAAAUAAAUGUAAUGUGUUAAGUGUUAUAUAAUCAAUAAAAUGAACCGAUCGUUUGAAACGAUUUAAAACCGGAAAAUAGCCAUUUCCAUCGCUGUUUGUGUGCAAGAAAAUGCAAUUGCAAGCAAGGUGUGUGAACCGGAAAACAAACCGGUAUAAUGUCAUGUGUGUUGCAUAAACGCAGGCGAAGCGCAGUAGCGCUCAGGAAACUCACAAUGCCCUCCGGGAUUUAUUCCCUUAUAAUUAAAAUAAAACCCAACUAAUAUAUACAAAAUCAUCAGCAUGGUAAUAAACUGAAUUGUGCUAAAUUUGUGGAAAUUAUUAGAUGUAAU